AUGGAAGAAGUAACAGAACUUCUUCGCAUGUCAUACUCAGCAACAUCAACAGAAGAAGUUCAGCAAGUAACUCAAGCACUUCUUGAACUCCAUCAGAAUCCAGACGCGAUUGCAAUCUUUUUACAAAUAUUUUCUUCACCAAAUAACAGAACUAUUAAGCAAUCUGCAGUCAUUAACCUUGGCAAGACUCUAAAGAACACAUGGAAGUCUGUUUUCUGUGGAAAUGAAAACGGAGAAAAUCUAAAAAAGUCAAUCAUCGAGAUUUUUACAAACGAAACAGACAAUGUCAUCACAUUUACUCUAGUUCAUGCUAUUGAUACUAUUUUAAAGACAGAUGCUGCAACUUGGACAGAAUAUUUUAAUCUCAUCUUUCAAUUAGCACAAGGAGACACAACACAUUUAGCAUUGUCUCUCUACCUUGCCCAAUAUUACAUACCCAAAUUAAACCCAGAACAAUUUGAUGUUGAUGCAUUUUCUCAAUUAGCAGCUACAGCAUUACAAUCAACUGAUCACGAUAUCAUUGUUCACGCCUGUGGUCUUGCUUCUGUCAUUAUCUACUACACAAAUCUCACAGAAAGUAAAAGUGUUCAAUUAUUAUUUGAUUUGAUGAUGAACGCAUUCCAAACAUCACUUUCCGAUGCCAGCCUAGCAGCAAGAAUAUCAGCACGUCUUGCUUUCUGCUUUAAGACAGAAGAUUUCCAUAUUCCUGCACCAGAAUUAUUAGAUUCUCUUCUAAACUUAUUUAAUACAAAAGGAUUAGAUCCAAAACUAUAUGGACCGAUCUAUACAUUGAUUGAAGAACUUAUUGCACGUUUCGGUAAGUCAUUACGCGAAAAAGUUCCACAAAUUUUACAACAUACAAUAUUAACAGCAUCACAACUGUUUUUAGAAGACAAAUUGUAUGAAUACCAAGAGGACAUGAUCUUCAUUCUUGGCACAAUUGAAACAGCUAGUACAACCAUCAGAAGCCGUAGUUUCUUCAACGAAUUAUUACAAGCAAUUCAAGUUCACGAUGACGACGAAAAUCCAUCACUUUUUGCAGCUAAAAUUAUUUCAUUAUAUAACUGCAUCGAACAUUCUAGUGAAUCAGUUAUGAAGCACAUUGAUGACAUCUGCGAAUAUCUUGUCCAACGUCUUAACUACGACAAUCUUUGUGUCCAAGAGGUAUCAGUCAUGUCUAUUGAAGAAAUUGGCAAAUUGUUACAAGAAGGACAAGAUUCUAUCGGAAACAACAUUUUAAGACCAUUAAUCAGCAUGAUCUGCCAAGAUGAAAUCGAUAUCACUAAUCCAGAUGUUGUCUCUAUCUUAGAACAUUCAUUCGAUGCAAUUGCAAAAAUAUUAUCAACAAUCAACAUCGAAUCUAUUGAUGAUGCAACAAUUUUGUUACAACGUAUUAAAUUAUUCAUUGAUAAUGAUGUUUGUCCUUCUAAAUGCAUCAAUGUUCUUUCUAAUUUGGUCUUUUCUCUUGGAAUCCAAGUCACUAGAUUCUCGGAAGACUUAUUCAGUUUAAUUAGUGAUUGGGUUAAUUUGGCCGAAAACGAUGACACAACAUUGAAACAAAAUGUCAUUGAAGCACUUGGUAACAUGUUAAGAUUCUGUGAAAAUACUCCAGAAGAACAACUUCGUAUUUCUUUAGAGUAUAUCAUUGGAUCAUAUGAAACCGAUGAUUUGGAAAUUCGAUCCGCAAUCAUUGUUGCAAUCGAAAACAUGAUUUUGAUCAAGAGUCCAAUUCUUAUGUAUUACAAAGACCAAAUCAUUUCUAUUGUCGAACACGCUAUGAAUUUGUAUAUCACAACCGCUCCAGAAGAUGAAAACGACUCAGACGAAAAUGCAGAUGAUAUUGAUGACGAAGAAGAAGAUUUCGAAGAAUCGAGAGAACAGUUACAAAUCAGAUAUAUCCAUGAUGCAGUUUUAAUGGUUAGAAUGAUCUAUAAAUACUAUCCAGAACUUUCACCCGAAAACGAUGAAGAAUGGAUGAAUAUGAUCUUGAACAUGAUGGGCUCCGGAUCCGAGGACAUCCAAGUUGCAGCAUCACAAGCUGCUUCAUAUUUAUCGAUCAGAAAGGCAUCACAAGGAAUCGAACUAAAUUCAUUCUAUGAAGCAGCAAUUAAAAACUUGGAAGAAUCCAAUUUCGUUCAAGCAUCAUCAUUCAAAUACUUUGCAUGUUUAUUUGAAAACAACGUCAUUCCAGACGAAUCAGUUAUUUCAGAAGUUUUGAAACAAGCUACAAUCACACUCAAGAAAGACUUCGAUGACGAUGAUGGUACAUUCCUUGAUAACUCAGCACGAUUAUAUCGAUUCCUUGCUAGUGUUGCAACAAUGUUCCCACAGAUGUUCCCUCUCAAUGAGUUUCUUGAUCACGGAAACAAACUUAUGAAAGAAGACUCUAAUUUCGAGAAAUCACAGUAUCUUGGUGUUCUGCGACAGUUGUACAAUUCUACAGAAUUACCCGAUAUUCCAAAGAAAUUUGUUGUUAAACAAUUCAUGAAUAUCGAUAUUUGUGAUUUUUCAGUUAUUCCAGAGCCAAUUCUCGGUAUAAUGUCCAUCACCGAGAAAGAACCACAGAUUGUUUACAAACACUUAGAAGGAAUAAUCGAACGACUUCUUGAUAUCCUUCAAUCAGAUGAAACUAGUGAAAUGCACUAUUUCAGUACUAUUUCAGAUUGUAUUUCUCUUUUGUGCACAUUCAUGAAGAAGUUCCCAGAUGAUAUUCCAUGGGAAGAAUGCAUUUCAUGCAUCACCGCACAUUUACCAGUUCGAGGUGAUGAUAUUGAAGCAGAGAACAUUUAUUCUACAUUAGUUUCAUUAGUUAAUGAAAGAUCAGAAUUCGAAUCAUUUAAACAAAUUUUUUAUGAUGGAUUCAAAUCAGCACUCGAAAAUCAAGAACUUAUUCAACAAUACAAGUUAUCAGAAUCAACACUUCAAUCAAUUACUAACUAUGUUUCAAAGGGCCCUUAUGAAUGA